AAUGAAGUUAGGGGUCUAUUAUAAAAUGAAAUAUAUUGAGGGGAUUUUGGUACACUUUUAUCCAUUGAUUUCAUCAUGCUUGAGUGUCAUGCCUGUCUGAUCCUAUGACCAUGCUCCUUUAGCAGCUGACCAGAGAGGCAGAGAGAGAGAGAGGUUGAGAGAGAAAGUAAAAAUAUAUAAAGAGGGGGAGAGAGAGUGAGGGAGAGAUGGGUCAUUUGCUAUUCUGCAAAUGUUUGCUGGCCUGGGAAAUGCUGUGAGGCUUAAUGCAGAUUGAGAAACCCAUGAAUAGUCAUUCUUUUUGGGAGAAGGGUACUCUUUGCUUUCAGGAGGGAGUUGUGUUCCUUUGAACAGAAAACAAGAAGAGAUACUUUAGUAACUCCAAGAGAGAGAGAGAGAGAGAAAGAGAAAGAGAGAGUUUUAGCUCACCAAGAUCAACCACACAACAAGACAAGCAGCAGCCCAAAUGAGCUCAGCUACAGACAACUCCAGAAGCAGCAUCACAGCUCCUGAAUCCCAUGGAAAUGGCUUCUUCUAACAGCUGCUGCUUCUUCCUUGGGCUUCUGCUUCUCCUUGCUUCUGCUUCUGCUGCUGCUGCUGCUGCUGCCCCUUCCCUCUCAUCCUCAGCUGCAGCAAAUAACAACACAUUCCAGCCCAGAAAAGAGAUUAUCAAGUACAGAAGAAUUAGAGCUCAUCUCAGAAGGCUCAACAGACCUUCAUUAAAGACAAUUCAGUGUUCUCUGUUUCAUGGUGUUACAGAGCCCUGAUGGAGAUACCAUAGAUUGUGUUCCUUCACAGCUCCAACCAGCAUUUGAUCAUCCUAGACUCAAAGGACACAAGCCAUUGAAACCGCCGCCGAGGCCGAGAGGCCACAAUUUCACAGAAACAGCUGAUGAGAGGUUCCAGCUAUGGAUGAGCUCCGGCGAGUCGUGCCCGGAGGGAACAAUUCCUAUCAGGAGGACCAAGGAAGAGGAUAUUUUGCGCGCGAGCUCGGUGAGAAGGUUCGGGAGGAAGCCGGUCGCCGCCAGAGUAAGGCGCGAUUCAGGCGGCAGUGGCCAUGAGCAUGCAGUGGGGUAUGUUGUGGGGGAUCAAUACUAUGGAGCAAAGGCCAGCUUGAAUGUGUGGGCACCAAGAGUGACCAGCCCUUCUGAGUUCAGCUUGUCGCAGAUUUGGGUCAUCGCCGGGUCCUUCGGCAACGAUCUCAACACCAUCGAAGCCGGUUGGCAGGUCAGUCCCCAGCUAUACGGCGACAAUUCUCCGAGAUUCUUCACUUAUUGGACGACGGAUGCGUAUCAAGCUACCGGGUGCUAUAAUCUGCUAUGUUCGGGAUUUGUCCAGACGAACAAUCGCAUUGCUAUCGGGGCGGCAAUUUCCCCGACCUCAAAAUACAAUGGAGGACAGUUUGAUAUAAGUCUACUAGUUUGGAAGGAUCCAAAUCAUGGGAAUUGGUGGCUCGAGUUUGGGUCGGGUAUACUAGUCGGUUACUGGCCGUCGGUCUUGUUUAGCCACUUAGCAAGCCAUGCAAGCAUGGUACAGUUCGGAGGAGAGAUUGUUAACACGAGACCGUCGGGGCUCCACACAUCGACCCAGAUGGGCAGCGGGCAUUUCGCCCAUGAGGGUUUCGGUCGGGCCUCGUACUUUCGGAAUUUGGAAAUCGUCGACUGGGACAAUAGUUUGAUCCCCUUGACAAAUCUCAGAGUUUUGGCUGAUCAUUCCAAUUGCUAUGAUAUUCAAGGAGGGGUUAAUAGUGUUUGGGGGAAUUAUUUCUACUAUGGAGGGCCAGGAAGAAAUGUGAGAUGCCCUUGAAAAAAAAAAAUUAAAAAAAAGGAAGAAAAAAAGAUGAUACAAUGGUUUUUCACUUUAUUUUCUUUUAGUUCAAGUUUUGAUAAGUGAGAAAUGUGUCUUUUUAUCUUAA